GAUUGGGGGUUAAUGAGAGCGGCGAAGCCGGCAGCUAGCUCCCUCUCAAGCCCGCGCCAAGAGCCCGGUUCUAGCUGGCCGCUGCCGGAGGAGCCUGCGCUCUCCGAGUCCGCUAAACUGAUGGUACUCCGCUGACUCCGGGACAGCGCGCGUUUUCCAGCCAGCGCACAUUGAUCUGGCUCGACUUCCCCAAGACAAGGUUUUUGAUCUCCGCCUGGCUGGAGCUGAGCCAAAACUCGGAGUGACAGUGGGCUGACAGCGGCUCCAGAAACCCUUGGAGUGGAGUGGGGAGCGCGCCAGACCACUAUGCCGCGUUCAUUCCUUGUCAAGAGCAAGAAGGCUCACAGUUACCACCAGCCGCGCUCCCCGGAAUCCAACUAUUCCCCCCUCCUGGAGAAUGUACUGGCGCCAGGCGGAGCAGACAGUACCUCGAUCGCAGGCGGGGCGAAGGCUGAGCCCCGGGGCCGUUUGUCCCCCGAGUCGCAGUUGACCGAGGCCCCCGACAGAACCUCCGCAUCCCCUGGCAGCUGUGAAGGCAGCGUCUGCGAUCGCAGCUCGGAGUUUGGGGACUUCUGGAGGCCUCCGUCGCCCUCCGUGUCUCCAGCCUCGGAGAAGUCGGUGUGCCAGUCUCUGGACGAAGCUCAGUCCUUCCCCCUGCCCUUCAAGCCCUACUCCUGGAGCAGCCUGGCGGGAUCUGACCUGCGACAGCUGGUGCAGAGCUACCGGCCUUGCGCUGCUCUGGAGCGCGGCACUGGCUUGGGCCUCUUCUGCGAGCGCACGCCGGAGCCAGGCCAUCCCGCCGCACUGUACGGCCCGGAGCGGGCUGCGGGCGGCGCGGGGGCAGGGGCACCUGGCGUAGGCGGCGCAGGAGGCGGUACCACGGGUGGUGCAGGCCUGGGGCUCUACGGCGACUUCGGGCCCGCGGCAGCGGGGCUGUACGACCGGCCGGCGGCGGCGGGUGGGCUGUACUCGGAGCGCGGCCACGGGCUGCACGCGGACAAGAGCACCGGCGUCAAGGUGGAGUCGGAGCUGCUGUGCACUCGCCUGCUCCUGGGCGGCAGCUCCUACAAGUGCAUCAAAUGCAGCAAGGUGAGGAUUCCGCGCGCCCGGUUCGGCCUACCCCGCGCCCGCGCCCCUGGCUGGGGCGCCCGCAGCCCCUCUCAGCGGCCUUCUACCCGGCCCCACCCGCCUCAGGUGUUCUCCACGCCGCACGGGCUGGAGGUGCACGUGCGCAGGUCCCACAGCGGCACGAGACCCUUUGCCUGCGAGAUGUGCGGCAAGACCUUCGGGCACGCGGUGAGCCUGGAGCAGCACAAAGCCGUGCACUCGCAGGAACGAAGUUUUGACUGUAAGAUCUGUGGCAAGAGCUUCAAGAGGUCAUCAACACUGUCCACACACCUGCUCAUCCACUCAGACACUCGGCCCUACCCCUGUCAGUACUGUGGCAAGAGGUUCCAUCAGAAGUCAGACAUGAAGAAACACACCUUCAUACACACUGGUGAGAAGCCCCACAAGUGCCAGGUGUGUGGCAAGGCCUUCAGCCAGAGCUCCAACCUCAUCACCCACAGCCGCAAGCACACAGGGUUCAAACCCUUCGGCUGUGACCUGUGUGGGAAGGGCUUCCAGAGGAAGGUGGACCUCAGGCGGCACCGGGAGACACAGCAUGGCCUCAAGUGAGAGCCCUGGCUGGCCACCAGCAGCAGUCACACAACACUACGGAGGGCAGCCUCCCCAUCGCCACCACCUGCUUCUGACUUCUUGGGCCCCCAGCCCAGGCGGCAAAGUCCUCCCGGUAACCCCUUCACCCUACUUCCUGGAGCUGCCAGAGGAGAUGAGUUUAUCUUUUCCAAGGUCAGCCUGGAGCUGGAACCAAAGGACUCGCUGGGCUUUGGACAUAUCGAAUAGGCUCCUCUGAGACUGAAGACUUGAAGUCAAGAGGGAAUCAGAUAAAAUCUUGUGCCCCACAGUCCUUCCCAUUCCCAGCCCUGCUCCACAGACAGGAAAGUCCUUUUGGUUUCUUCCUUCCUCCUGACUUGCCCUGGAUACUUGUGUGGAAGAGGAAUCUCCUUUUACGAGGUAGAAGCAUGCUAAUAUUGUUUUUUUUUUUUAUCUAGAAUGAAGAGUAAGUGUUAUUUUUAAUUUUUCCCUUCUGGGGAGUAUGUUGAUCCCUUUCUGUUGGGUGCUGCCUGUAAAUCUUGGAGGAAUUUUCUCCCACUUGAAAACUAGUUCAGAAACUGAUUUGGGGAAGGAGUUUCAUGCUUCUGAAAUUACAAGAUACACUGUUGAGGCUGCCCCAAGAUGGGGCUGAAGAAAAGUGGACUUGGUGAUGAGAGUUAGAGGUUCUACCUGCAGGAGGCCUGGGAAGGCUUCAUCAGAGGAAGUAGAAGCACACGCAAGAUGACAAGAUGUCAUCCUCAGCAAAUGUUUAUUGACCACUGGUGACCAUGGUACCAGGCCUUAUGCUAGGUACUGGGGAGCCAGAGAUGAAAGUCACAGCCCUGCCUCUACCCUUCAAAAGCUAAUAGGCAGCUCCAAGUGGUUGGGUCUGUUCUUUCCUUCCAGAGGGAUUUCAAAAAGAGAAAAGAGAAUCUUGAACCUUCCCUUCUGACCCAUUUGGAUUUUAUCAAGCAUAAACAAAAAGUAGCUGAACAGUUACUUUGAGAAUUUGUGUGUAUAUUCAGUUUUUUAUGUUCAGCUGAUACUUUUAAGAUGUCUAGGCUACCAGGCAUGUGGGAGUAAAGGCUCUGUCUUCAACUCUUUGACCCUCCAUGUGUACCAUAGAGGGAAAAAAAAUGUUUUUUACUUUGAUGAGGUUUGUAAAUGUUUUUAGAUAUUCUGCAGUGCAUUGUUUGUUAAUACAUAUUUAUUAGAGUGAUGUUUUAAGUUAAUAAAGUAUUAAGAAUCUUCACUACUGUUUUUCAUUUAGGCCAGGGAUUUGGGAAAGACCUUUGCUUCAGUCUGAAGGGGGAGCUGGCACUGAAGGGAACUACAGUGGAGUAUGAAAGUAAAGCAGUCAGGCCCGUGUCCAGAAGAGAGUGAAAUCUGAUUGCUCAGGUUUCCAUAUGCUCCCUUUUCUUCUAUGCCUCAAAGGUCCUUCUUUCUUAACAGAAGAGCUAGGUGUACAAAACUAAGCUUCUAACUUGUACCCCCUGAUGGUCCCACACAUAUGUAGGCUCUGUCUUCUGAGAUGCUAGGCUUUUGUACAGGCCAGAAUGCCCCCGAGAGGAAUAAAGAAAUCACAGACCUUAGGUCCAGAGAUUGAGUUUUACUCAGGUCACAGCACACCAUGUAACUUGGGCAGAUCUCUUGGCCUCCCCGGGACGGGGUUCCUUGACCAUAAAAUGUGGAUGUGGUUGUAUCAUCCCAAUCCAACCCUGAUCGCUUUGAUCCUGUGAAUACUGGUGGGGAAGGAAACUGAGAUUGCAUAGCUGUAACUUAAGCUAAGUUUCAAAUCUAGAGAUUCAUGAAGGGCAAUAAAGUUGGGAUCUGGGUUUUUUUGGGUUCUGUACAAUCUGUGGAAUUUCUUGCCGAAGUCAGUCCUAUAAAAGAAUGAAACCAGAAUAAGGUCCUGGCCUAAAUCCCACCUGUGCUCUUUCUAAUAUCUCCCAGCCA